GAAGGUAUUAAUUUAGUUUUUUUAAUUUAUUUAUGCUUACUUUAUCUGAUUCAUAUUUGAUUUUCAAGUUUAUUCGCUCUUGUAUUUAUUUUUAAAUUUUGAUACUUUAUGAUUUGAUCUUGAUUUCACUGAUCAUUUAUUCCUUUGCUUUGCGCUUUAAGCGAUUAGAAAAUAUGCAUAAUGUUGUUAUAAAGUUAUGUGUUUCUAGUUAUUUGUUGCUUGGUAAUUGUAUUGGCUCCUUAUAUUUUGCUUCGCUGUCUCUAAAUUUCCGCUGCGUGCGCGUCACUUAUUCCUGCUGUAGCCUUAGUUAAUGAAUACUGAAGUUACCUCUUGUGUAUCGGGAGGAGGGCCUACAAAAUAUUACGCAUCCUAAAAAAACAAGGUAUUCACGGCACAUGCCCAAAUACACUUUCUACUGAACAUUAAUGUGGUCAUAAAUGUGAUGUCACUUCUUUUCCUUGUACCUGUUUCUCUUUCUUGUAAGUGCAUCUUUCCAGGCCUUUCUUGACUUCGUUUGUUGCAGUGCACUUUGGUGAGUACCCUUUUUUGUGUCAGUACAUGUAGCCCCUUCCCCCCCAACUCCCUGCCUGAAAGGAAUGCUUUAUGUGUUGCUCAACCCUGCAAGUAGCAGCACUGACCGCUGUUAACUCUGUUCAAGUAUUUUCUGUCUUUCUAAUUCUCAAUAUCCAGGGCUUCCACUUCUGGUGUAUGUGUUUUCUUCCUGGUGGAUUAAUUUCAAGGGACCCUCCAGCGGUGCGGCGGCCCAUUUCGCGGGCCUCAUGUCCCCAUCGCACGCCCAUUCCCUCUGGAGGCUUCUUAAGACCUUUUUUAGAGGUUCAGGGUGAGCCCUCCGGAGCGCUCUUAGGAUUGCACUAUGGAAUAUUGGUGUGGUGCGUGUGUGCCUAUUAUGACACGGGAGGGAGGAGGAAGGGGUCCGCCCCACUUAUGGCCGUGCUGAAGGCAGCGGCGGCUCCAGUGAGGGCCAUACCGUAG